AUGUCUGCAAAGGCAGACGAUACCGCUGACCUUGUUACCCUCUUCAAGUCCAUCGGCCUCACCCCAUCCAAGGCCGCGGAGGCCGCCAAAAGCCCCAAGAGUGCUGCCACACUCAAAGAUAUCAUCGAGCGUAAUGGACUCAUUGAGAAACAUUUGGAGGAGAAACAGGCGGUGCUGCUCGCAAGCUUAGCCAUUCAGGGUGGCAAGCUGGGUGAGGCCGAACGAGAGUAUGCUGUGCACGCGAUCUUGGAUGGACGACUGAAGAGCACAGACCAAGUAUCUGUGGCGGCUAAGUACCUGGAAGUCCAUUCGCUUCCGAUUGAUAAAAAUGACUUCAACGCGCAGUGCGGUGUAGGCUUCACUAUUACUGCAGAGCAGCUAUCCGCUCGGGUCGUGGAGUAUGUCGCGUCCAGUGCCGCGUCGGGAUGGUCAAACCUAGGCGCGAUUAUCGGGAGCCUCAAGAGCACAGAGCUACGAUGGGCGAAUCCCUUAGAUCUGAAGAACGCAGUUGAACGCGCUUUCACGGAGAAAUUUGGACCCAAGGAAGCUGCGAAAGGCAAGGGAAAAGAAGUCAAGGAUGCUUCUGCCAAAACUCCAACUCCAGUAAAAGCUGAAGCCCCUGCAUCCUCUUCUAAAACCAUCUUCACAGAAGGGUUCCUGGGCCGACUUCACAAAGUCGGCGAUAACCCUCAGAUACAUUCCCACCUCCGUGAACGGCAUAUUACUGCAACUGGAGGGCUUGUUCACACACGGUUUCCACCAGAGCCUAACGGGUUUUUGCACAUAGGGCAUUCCAAGGCGAUUUUCGUCAAUUUUGGCUAUGCACAGCACCAUGGUGGCCGCUGCUACCUUCGAUUUGAUGACACAAAUCCCGAGGCAGAAGAAGGGAGGUAUUUCGAGAGUAUCCUGGAGACGAUCAGAUGGUUGGGAUAUGAGCCGUGGAAGAUCACAUAUUCAAGCGAUUAUUUCGAUCAACUGUACGAGUUGGCUGUAGAACUCAUCCGCAGGGACAAAGCAUACGUAUGCCACUGUACUGGCGAUGAGAUCUAUGCCAACCGCGGGGGAGAUGAGCGAGGGCCUCGCAAGGCGUGCACGCAUCGGACAAGACCGGUAGCAGAAUCGCUUGCUGAGUUUACGAAAAUGAAGGACGGCGCGUACCAGCCCGGUCAGGCAAUUCUGCGAAUGAAACAAGAUUUGGAGUCCGGCAACACUAUGAUGUGGGACCUGGUCGCAUAUCGCGUGCUAAACGCACCUCAUCAUCGGACACAUGACAAGUGGAAGAUUUAUCCCACUUACGACUUCACGCACUGUUUGUGUGAUAGCUUUGAAAACAUUACACACUCGCUGUGUACCGUGGAGUUUAUACCAUCACGAGAGUCUUACGAAUGGUUGUGUGACGCUCUCGAAGUCUACAAGCCGCGUCAAUCCGAGUACGGCCGCCUAAAUGUCACCGGCACUAUCACGUCGAAACGGAAAAUUCUCCAACUUGUGAAGGAAAAACAUGUCCUCGAUUGGGAUGACCCACGUCUGUACACCGUCAUCGCACUCCGCCGACGCGGCGUGCCUCCCGGUGCGAUCCUGUCGUUCGUCAGCGCACUUGGUGUGUCCACGGCCACCACGCAAAUCCAGGCCGUGCGGUUCGAGCAGACCGUGCGACAGUACCUCGAGAACACCGCACCACGGCUGCUCAUGGUCAUGCGCCCGCUCAAAGUCACGAUCGAGAACCUGCCCGAGGACUACGUUCUGUGGCUCGAGAAGCCGCUCCAUCCAAAGGUGCCGGAGCUGGGCACGUCCAAGGUCCCGUUCACGCGCACGAUCUACAUCGACGCGGACGACUUCCGGCUGGAAGACUCCAAGGACUACUUCCGGCUCGCGCCCGGGAAGACCGUCGGGCUCUUCCAGGCGCCGCACCCGGUCACCUGCACGUCGUACAAGACGGACGCAGCCACGGGCGAGGUGCUCGAGCUAGUCUGCCGUCUCGAGAACGGUGCGGGCGCGCCCAAGAAGCCGAAGGCGUUCAUCCAGUGGGUGGCAGAGCACGCGCCGUCCGGGAGCCCCGUGCGCGUCGAUGAGGCGCGCGUGUUUUACCAACUAUUUAAGAGCGACAACCCGGCUGCCGUCGAGCCAGACUGGCGCGCGGACAUUAACCCGAACAGCCUGGAAAUCGUCAAGGGCGCGAUGGUGGAGGUUGGGUUCUGGGACCUGGCGAAGCGCGCGUAUGAGGACGCUCGCAGGGAAAGUAAGGCACGGACGGACAAGGCAGUGGAAGCGUCCGCACAAACGACUGCACCGGCAGUCGCCGGAGACGAUACACCGAAAGCGACAAGUGAGCAGCUUGUAGGGAAGGAAUGCAUCCGAUUCCAGGGUCUGCGGGUGGCUUAUUUCGCUGUGGACAAGGACUCUCGGCUUGCGUGUCUGGAGGAAGCUAGCGGAGCUGCGCCUGGGAGGAGGGCCGAUGACUAUGUUGUGUUGAAUCGUAUCGUAAGUCUGAAGGAAGACUCGGGGAAGGCAGCAUAG